AUGUCCAAGAUUCAACAGAUUAGAAACACCAUUAGGAGCAUUGGUACCGGUUACGGUCUGAUGUCCUUGACCUGGAAGGCCGUUCCUACUGAGCAGGAACAAGCCUUCGGUGCCAUGAAGAAAGCCAUUGACCUGGCUCGUGCUUCCAACCACAUUGCGUUCUUCAAUGUCGGUGAGUUCUACGGUAAGGACCGUGUCAACUUGCACCUUGUCAGAGACUUCUUCAAGAAGUACCCUGAAUUGAGAGAGCACGUCAUUAUCUCCUGUAAAGGUGCCAUGGACUUGUCAGACCUGCACGCAAUGGGUAAGUACGAUGACGUUGUCAAGAGUGUUGAGGCUUGUACAGAGGCUAUCGGUGGCUUCAUUGAAAUCUUCGAGCCUGCUAGAUUGGACAUGGACAUCUGCAAAGAAGGCGAAGUGUAUCCAAAGGAAUCCAUCCAAGCCCUAAAGGACUUGUGUGACAAGGGUGUCAUUGGUGCCAUCUCCUUAUCUGAAGUUGACGAAAAGGUCAUCAACGCUGUUGCUGCUGAUUUCGGCGAGUACCUGGCCUGUGUUGAGGUCGAGCUUUCUUUGUUCUGCGACGACAUCCUACACAACGGUGUCGCCAAGGCCUGCAGUGACCACAACAUGGCUAUCAUCUGUUACUCCCCAUUGGGUAAGGGUAUCCUAACUGGUCAAAUCACUAAGAACUCUGAUAUCCCAGAUGGUGACUUCAGAAAGAUGCUAAAGAGCUUCUCCGAUGAAGCUCUACAACACAACCAAGAAAUUGUCAGCUUCAUUAGAACUGAGAUCAUCGAGAAACGUCCUGCCGGUAAGGAAAUUACUCUACCUCAAGUCGCCUUGGCCUGGAUUAAGCACUGGAAUGGUGACAGCAGUUAUCCAAACGCUAAGUUCAUUCCUAUCCCAUCUGGUUCCAGCGCUGCUAGAGUCGCUGAAAACUUUGAUGAGGAGAAAUCCACCAUCUCUGAUGAAGAAUUCAAGAAGUUGAACAAGUACGCUUUCAACUUCAAGCCAGUCGGUGCCAGAUACGAAUUUGUCUCUGACCCAACUAAGCACUAG